AUGACAAGCUCACCCCUGCCCAUCCGCUCGUCGUCGCAGCAUUCGCACUCGCACUCACCCGUCAGACGCCGCCGCAGCAACAGCGACCUCGCUGAGCGCGAUCCCGCCGUAUCUCUGUCACGCCCCCGGCUCUCGCCCACCCUCACACGCACAUACAACCCCAACGACCCCGAUGUGCGUGAGCGACAGCGCGCCAUGGACGCCGACAUGGCCAUACAGCUCUCCCGCGCACGCAGCGGCACCGUCGUCUCCCCCAUCUCCCCCGCCAUCUCCCCCAUCUUGCCCGUUCCUCGCCCCCUGCCCCCCAGCUCGGACAGCCCCCCGCCCGUACAGUUCCCUGCCCUAUCGCUGCAGGAGGAACAGGACAUGACCGACGCCCGCGGCCGCCCACACGCCAACUCAGACCCUGACAACGCCAAUGCCGAGCACUACCACCCAGGGCCUGCAUCCGACGUGCACCUCAACCACCUCAGCGCAGCCCAUGACCCCUCGCUCCUCGUGUCCCUCGAUACCGCCGACACCGAGGCCGGCCUGCCCAUGUAUCAGGCGAGCGUC